AGCAGAAGCGGAUCCGAUGAUCAAACUGUUGCUCGGACCCUCCGCAGCUGGAGCUCUCUGUGAAACCAAGUAAGCCGCCUUCCUCUGAGUGAGUCUGGAUAUGAGAAUGAAGCGAAGCCUCAACUACAGCUCAUCGGACAGCGAGCUGGACGACAACGUGGAAGUGGAGAAGGACAGUGGAGACGAAAAUGGUCAAGCUGACUCUCCAGGAUCAAUGUCACCCACCACCACCACCACACAAGUUCAAGCAAGAAAAAGGCGCAGAGGGAUAAUAGAGAAAAGGAGACGUGACCGGAUCAAUAACAGCCUGUCAGAGCUGAGAAGACUGGUGCCAAGUGCCUUUGAGAAGCAGGGAUCCGCCAAACUGGAAAAAGCUGAAAUUUUGCAAAUGACAGUGGACCACCUGAAGAUGCUUCAUGCGUCUGGAGGGAAAGGUUUCUUUGAGGCUCACGCUCUUGCUAAGGACUACCGCAGCCUGGGCUUCAGGGAGUGCCUGGCAGAGACGGCCCGCUACCUUAGCAUCGUCGAGGGCCGGGACGGUACGGACUCCCUGCGGUUGCGCUUGGUGUCCCACCUCAGCAACUGCGCCUCUCAGAGGGAGGCGCACGCCGGACUGGAGCACUUGGCCUGGGGCUCAGCCUAUGGGACGGCCCCUUCCUCGCUCCCCCACCACCUUCUUCUGCAGCACCCUCAGGGCAGGACACCUGCGCCCAGAACAAACAGCAGUCCCCCCUCUUCUUGCUCAUCGUCCUCUUCCUCUUCUUCGUCCUCCUCGUCCAGCGAGGUUUCCGGGACAUCCAGGCUUGGCAUGAUGUCCCCUACAGAAUCCCUCAGGGUCCCUCCCAACGGCUCCCUACCCCUCAGUCUACCCGUGCCGACGACUAAGCUGUCCCCACCUCUCGUCUCAUCUCUCUCCUCGCUGUCGACCUUCCCCCUCUCCUUUGGGGCCUUUCCUCUCAUCUCCCCAACAGCCAUCAGUACGCGGAGUCCCUCCUCCGCCGUGUCGAAGCCUUACAGGCCUUGGGGCAUGGAGAUCGGGGCGUUCUGACGCUGACCACCGGACUGAA